AUGCGUUGGAUGUCCACUUUGCUUGCCUUGGCCGCGACAGGCGCAUUGCAAGUAAAUGCCCAGCAUGCCACGAUCCUGACAUUCCCUUCUAGUUCGGAUGGUGCGCUCAAGACAUUACCCAAACAACAACUUUUCAAGGAGGAAGCUCGGCUCAUCUUGCAGCUUCGCAUGCAAUCAUCCGUGGCAUCGGUCCUCGGAGCCGUUGAUGCAAAUACAGUGAAUCAUUUGAAUCAGUUCGCUGACAGCGACGCUAUCCUUUUCGGCGGAUAUGGUGGCAAGCACUCUACCGGAAAGAGUAUUGUGAUUCUGGAGGGGGUAGAGCAACAUACUGCCUCAGAAUUGCAAAGCAGCCAGCCAAACCAUAUAAUCGUUCCUCGGGUUUCCUCCCAAUUCAUCGAUGCGGAUCUUUUGGAAUCAUUCGGUGAAGGCGGGGACCGAGGAGAAUAUUGUGCAUUCAAUGACGAUGCUGGAGUUGCAUCGAUGAAGGCCCAGAAUGCGCAGGAAUGUCUUUCUCAGGACCCCAUGCUUGCUGGAAAAUCUGGCUUAUUUGCUCGUGGCUCCCUCGCUGCCAUUGACUCGGUGGAAGAUUGGACCAGCACAGAUAGUCAAACCUCCAUUUUGAAGUUGUCUUUCAAGUCGCAGGAUUCAAGCCACUCCGCUGCUGGUGCCCAGUUGCUCCGGUCUUUGAUUGCCCACCUGACUGAGCUAUCCGCAUCCAGCCAGCGUGAAAUCACAGCUGUGAUCUUACCACUGGGCUCUAAAUCCGCCUCACUUCGCCGAGGCGCAAAGAGCGUUCGAUCAUCCAUUGGUAACCACAAUUUUGCCCGGUCCACCCCCGACUCCCCCUUACUAUCAAACCUGGCACCGGUUUGCCAUUCAUCAAACUCCUCGUGCACUGAAGCGACCAGGAAUUGCUCUGGACAUGGCUCUUGCUACCUGAAGUUCGGAAGCGGGGUGGAAGGCACUACGGGCAAUUGCUAUGCAUGCAAAUGCCAACAGACCACUGUGAAGAAUAGCGAUGGCACCACAAGGUCUGUGCAAUGGGGUGGCUCAGCUUGCCAGAAGAAGGACAUCAGUUCACCUUUCUUUUUGAUUGCGAGUGUCACUCUUUUGGUCAUCCUUCUGGUUGGCAGUGCCAUUGGCAUGCUUUUCAGCAUGGGCGCACAGAAGCUGCCCAGUACAAUCAGUGCUGGUGUAAGCAACCCUAGAAGUCAGAUGUGA